UAUGAUUUUUCAACUUUUGAUCAGGCUAACUAUAAGAGGAGAUCUCUAACCUCCCCAGAUGAUUUAGAUACCUACUCAUCCGGAGAUAAAGUUGGUCCAUCAUUAAGAUGUUACUCUGAUGAAAGAAAACAUUGUACAACACCUUUCAGAAGUUCGUUCAAGCACUUAAAUGUGAAUUGCCUAGAUGAUGAACUGGAUUUUUUUCAUGAUCCGAAGAAACGGGAAACAGAAGACUUAAUUGAGAAUGAUCGUAGAGUUAGUACAUCCAAAGUAAACAAGCAGUCUUUUAAAGAAACAGAAAAAGUUGCCCUGCCAAAUACUGUGACCUCACUUAAACCUCGGACAGAGUAUUGUAAUGACGCAGCUGGCUCUCCUCUGAGGCCCGCCAGCUCUUCAAAGUCUAAAGCAUUAAAGAGGCAGAGCUUACUUCCUCAUCAGAUCAAUCAGAUAUACGAUGAAUUAUUUCAAAUACAUCUGAAACUGCAGUGUGAAACUGCAGCGCAACAGAAAUUUGCUGAGGAACUUCAAAAGCGAGAACGUUUUUUAGUUGAAAGAGAACAACUGCUUUUCAGACAUGAAAAUGCCUUGAGUAAAAUUAAAGGUGUUGAAGAUGAGGUUCUUACAAGAUUUCAGAUUAUAAAGGAGCAACAUGAUGCGGAAGUUGAACACUUAACUGAAGUUCUUAAGGAAAAGAAUAAAGAGAGCAAGAGACUGAAGUCCUCUUUUGAUUCAUUGAAAGAACUGAAUGAUAACUUAAAAAAACAGUUAAAUGAAGUAAGUGAAGAAAAUAGAAAAAUGGAGAUUCAGGCUAAAAGAGUUCAAGCUCGUUUAGAUAAUUUACAGAGGAAAUAUGAGUUUAUGACAAUACAGAGACUGAAAGGAAAUUCUCAUGCAGCUCAUGAAAUGAAAAGUUUAAAACAAGAAAAAGUACCUGUUUCAAAAACUUACAAGGCUCCUUUUAACGGACAAGUUUAUGAGCUCUUAACUAUCUUCAUGGAAUGGAUUUCAGAUCAUCACCUUAGCAAAGUGAGACAUGAAGAAUAUGGAAUAGAUGGUGAAAAACCACUGAACAAAUCUGCUUCUCAGAGAAGUGAUAUUCAGGAGAAAUGUGUAAAGCUUUUACCGGUAAUGACAGAGCAGCUACAGUGGAUGCCAUUCGUGAAUGCCAAAUUUCAUGAACCUUUUAUAAAAUUUAUAUAUUGGUGCAUAAGGCAGCUAGACGGUGGAACACAGCAUUCCACUAUGACAUCAACAUUGAGAAGGCUGGGUGAAGACGUGUUUAAAGGAGUGGUAACUAAAGGAGUUCAAGACGAUUCUUCAGAACACUCUGUGGAGAGUAAACCAAAGACAGCCACUUUCUUUAAGAGCUCCAAUUUGCCAUUGAGAUUUCUAUCAACUUUAAUUGUUCUCAAAACAGUCACUCAAGCUGAUUACCUGGCUCAGGCAUUUGAUUCUCUUUGUUUGGACUUGAAGACUGAUGAAGGAAAAGCCUUGUUUUUGGAGUAUCGAGCUGUUCCGGUGAUACUGGGUCAUCUAAGGAUAUCCAGUAAAGGACUCCUGUCCAAUGUCAUUGAUAGUUUGCUUCAGAUGACAGUGGAAUCUAAAUCCUUGCAACCUUUCUUGGAAGCCUGCAGCAACUCCUUAUUCUUUCGCACUUGUUCGGUGCUGCUUCGAACCCCUAAACUUGAUCUUCAAAUACUGGAAAAGCUCAGUAUUAUUCUACAGAAACUUUCCAAAAUCAAGAGUAAUAAGAAGCUCUUCGAACUUUUUACAAUUCACCUGAUGCUUCAAGAAAUACAGAGGACCACACACCCAGAGCACGCCUUUCUCUGUAUAAACCUGAAUUCUACUCUGUUCAAUUUGGGUUUGACAAAAUGCAACUCCUCGGUCUCCAGUGGCACGCGUUAGACUGACUUAUUUAUUACUAUUUUAUGUGUUACUAAUUGGUAAAAAUCACCAAAGUAACUAAAAUUCUACCAAGUAAAGUAAUCAGUAGAAUCAUUUAUCAUGAAAGAUAUAUAGAAAGAUUUUUUUUCAACUUUUUAAGUGAAACUUGUAGAAGUUAUCGAAUUUUUUUAAUGUUUCAGUUCAACUAAGGUGACUGUAAUGUACAAGAAGGCAUUUCCAGAACUUAUGACAUUGGGGCUACUUUUUGUAAAAAUACUUUAGGAAAAUUGCUUCUUAAAAUUAUGUGACUAUUUGGAAUAAAAUUGGUGCUGAUGUGGG